UCGAAUCCCUCUCCCUCAUUUUCAAAUGUCACCGCGUUGCUCGGUGCCAUAUCCUAACCAACUGAUGGUUUUGGUCUUUUUUCUUUAUUCCUCUAGUUCUUGGUCAAUAGAAUGCAGUGGCGUUAAUGUGUGUGCAUAUUUCGUGUUGUGAUUGCCGUGAACAGAUCCCAAGCUGGCAGGAUCUCACGAAGGAAAGGGGUCUUGACCGUUUCCUACAACUACCAAGGUUGGCUUUUUCAAUGAAUGGCCAAAGAAACGGUUUAUUCUUCUCAGACAGUGUGUUCUUUUUUCUUUCUUUUUCAAGAUCCGGAGACCUUCACAAUAAUUCUACUCGACUCUUCGAAACGCUGUGGAUGAGGAUGCGUAUGAGAGGAAAACCACAUUCAUAUCUAGAUUGGCUGAGAAGAAAUUGAAUUAUUGAUGAGCUAUGAAUAUUCAUGGGAUUAUCCACAGAGCAAGAAAACUUCACUUGAAAACAAAAACAUCGAAUCUCUCUAACGCAUGUUUGCAUCAACAUCUAAAUCAACACAAAAGAUUUCCAACGUCUUGUUGUGAUCUGUCUUUAUGUCAAAGCUGAGUAAACUCUAUACUAUAUCGGUAUAACAAAAUGUUUUGACAGAGACGCAGUAGACUACCAUCUCAUGGCUUUAUUUUGAAGUUUUAUGUCUUUGUCGUUACGACAGAUUAUACCUACUACUCAUAGAAACGCUCUGAGUUCUGGUAAAUAAAUCUUAAGAAAAAGUUAAACAUUGAUCUUUGGUAGGUAACAAUGAUGAUAGGACUGAAAUACUGAGACAAUUCUGACUUUUACCCGGACCGUCGUAGAUCUAGGGAUAUAAACGGCAUUCAUUCCUGUCACUUAUUAAUUUCAUUGUUACGAUUUUUUUUAAAGUGGGAGUGGUUAAAUGUUUUCAAUUUGUGAGUUGAUUUAGUAAUAGCAGAGAUAUCCGCUUUUUUUUGGUUUUCUCAAAAACAAUACUGCUUUUAUUGCCAAGAGCAUAUAAAUAAAUAGCAGCAUGGGGCAAACAUGUUCUACGAGUGUGAAGAAAAAACUUGGGCUCACGGAAAGCGUGAAAGAAAAAAACAAGCGGAUUUAUUUAUGCAACGAGGAAGGGGAGGAGAUGUCUUCUUCGAGCAUGCGCGGACUACCUAUGAGCAGACCGGAUCUUCCGGCACAGAGUAGGGAGAUCGUCGUGCAGUCGUGGGAGAUCAUCAAAAGAGACAUCGAGCGCGUUGGAGUCGUUAUGUUUAUGGGCCUACUUGAAGACCCAGAGAUCCGUGGUACGUUCAUGACCUUCCGCGACAAGACGGUGGAAGAGCUCAAGGCCAGCACUGCUCUCCGCUCGCACGUGCUGCGCGUGAUGGGCGCCGUUGAGAAAGUGGUGGCUCGCCUGGACAACAAGGAGAAGAUGGUGGCGCUCCUUCACGACCUGGGCCAGAGGCACAUGAGCUACAACGCAAGGCCCACAGUUCAACAACGCCAUACAGCCAGCUCUGGGAGACAAAUGGACCCCGGAAGUGGAACAAGCAUGGGCAGAUCUCUUCCGGUACAUAACUCACGUGAUGAAAGAGACCAUGGUCAUGUGACAUUGGUACCUCUUCAACAUGUUUCAAGACAACAUGAUCGGACAAAGGCAAGAAACGUCUUCGGUGACACAGGCCUUUCUAUGUGCACCAGUGUAAAAUGAAGAGACAUUCGCAAACUGAUGCCAGUGACUUGUCAUGUGACUUAUCACAAAAAGAUCACCUGAGACAAAUGAAUUACCCACAAAGUGAAAAUGGCGGUGGUCACACCUUAUUGGCGAAUACAUUACGCCAUAAUAAUGAUAUGUGCAUUCAUACAUUGGCGUGCUCUAUGCACAUUACAUAUAUUAUUACCCUAGUAACAGGUGAAAGAUCCAGGGGAAGACCACGUGGAAGCUGGAGAAGAGUCUCAGAAUUUGAUGUACUGAAAAGUGGGAAGACUUGGAAUAACUUCAAACAGCUAGCCGAGGAUAGGGAAAAGCGAAUGUGUUUGUUCGUUGCCUAUAUCCAGGGCGAGAAAUGCAAUGUUGAUGUAACCCUAGAAGAUUCAAAUACAUUCUCGUUUUUCUUGAAAACAUACCGUGCAAGCACUCGUUUAAGCGCUCAGACACUCACAGAUAUUAAAGAGACGUCGGUACUUGCCCUUCUUAAUAAAAAA